AUGUUUUGCCCCAUUUGGUGCUGUCUGGCUGACGAAAGGAUAGCUCCGUUGAUAUGGAUACACUCGCAAGAUCCGUACCAGCCGUCAGAUAUCGGAGCACAGCUGAAGAACUCGAUUCCCAUGAUAGAUCAUGUUGCCAUUCCCAAUGUUCCGGCAGACAUCACACUCAAUAACCUUGACCAGCUCAACAAGCUGGGCGGGAACAAGGUGUGUCUCACGUCGAAAGAGGGCAUCCAGGCUCUGCCAGCUUGGUUCAGAGGCGUCAAACCGAACAAGGACGGCAAAACCGAGGGAGCGGUUUCGUCUGCAAUCGUUGUUCGGGAACACGGAGACGAAGGCAAGACCGUUGAUGCAUUUUAUUUCUACUUUUAUGCGUACAACCAGGGCAACACGGUGCUGGGCAUCGAGUUCGGCGAUCAUGUUGGUGACUGGGAACACAAUAUGAUCCGCUUCCGCGACGGCAAGCCGGAGGCCAUCUGGUACAGCCAGCACGCCGCUGGCCAGGCAUUCCAGUACAGCGCAACGGACAAGCGCGGAGUGAGGCCAAUUGGCUUCAGCGGCAACGGUACCCACGCCGUCUACGCCACUGCCGGCCUUCUUGUCCAGCAGAAAACCAUGUGUGCUAACCUUGGUAGAACCCAUGACCACACAAUUCCUGGGUUAGAUCUACCCGCCGGGUUCCUCGAGGACGAGACGGACGAAGGCACGCUAUGGGAUCCCACCCUGAGCGCGUAUGUCUACUCCUACUCCUCGACAACCGGCCUGUUCACUCCCUAUGAUCCCAACACGCCUACCAACUGGCUAUACUUCCAGGGCCACUGGGGCGACGAGCAGCUGCCGGACGAUGCUCCUGGCCAGAUCGAGCUGUUUGGCCAGCGCAAGUACUCAACGGGACCCGAUGGCCCAAUGUUCAAGGAGCUCGUGAGGGAGAAGGUGUGUCCGAGCGGCGUGAAGCUGUGCCUCGUCCUGCCGUGGGUGACUGCUGUAAAGGAAGAGAAGAGGAAGCAGAUGCUGGCCGAUCUUGUCAAAGAGGAGCUCGAGCGCGAGAGCAAGAAGCACUCCAAGCCUCUCGAAUGA